UGUUUCAGAACUUCCUUGUCUGCCAACGUAAAACGUCUUCCUUUUUUUUUUGGAAGCGAUAGAAAUCAGUUGGCAAUAAGUGGUUUUUAUUGAAACGCAAUAUGAAUUGCAUCUUAGUAACUUUAAUUGGAAUCUGCUGUUUUGCUUUUUCUAAUGCCACAUACUUUACCAUCACUGACCAAGUGUAUUUUGACAUUGCCAUUGGAAAUGAAAAAGCUGGACGAAUUGUGAUAGGACUUUUUGGCGAAGAUGUCCCUAAAACUGUAGAUAAUUUCAAAACACUUGCCACUACUGGCAUUUCUGGCAAAAAAUAUGCUGGUUCUCACUUCCACAGGGUUAUCAGAAAUUUUAUGAUUCAAGGUGGAGAUGUUAUCUCUGGGAAUGGUUUAGGUUCUAUUAGCAAAUUUGGAGAGUCAUUUCCUGAUGAGAACUUCAAGGCCAAGCAUGGAUCUGCUGGUUUCUUGAGCAUGGCCAACUCUGGCCAAGAUACAAAUGGAUCUCAAUUUUUCAUUACAUUGAUUCCCACUCCAUGGUUGGACGGAAAACAUGUUGUCUUUGGAAAGGUUAUCGAGGGAAUGGAUGUUCUCAUGACCAUUGGAAACACAAAAACCGAUAACGGAGACAAACCCCUCAAGCGAGUUGUGAUUCAAGACAGUGGAAUUGUGCCUUUGGCUAGCACCUUCAAAGUGUCUGAUGACCCCAACGAGUAACUUAAGAUGCUGAUCUGCUGGAUGAGAUUAGCCGUCCAUUUUGUUGCAUUUCAUCCACAUUUAGUUUUUAUUUCCAGACUGUAGUUUUAGGUCUUUCAAUAAAACUGCCUUUCGAUGACAA